CAAAAUCAAUCAUCAUGAUGUUGGAACUGGAUGAUUGGAGCCCCAUUGUUCUUUUGCCUGCACUUUAAGCAUUUCUAACAUAGUUGUAGUUGCAGCAAGAACUAGUACAAAUAGCAACUUACAACUUUUUAUGUUCUUUAGUACAAGGAUGAUUAUCAAUAUCAAAUGAACCAAUAUCGUGGAGCUGCAGGAGUUUUUUGGUGAUUUAGAUUGAUGAGGAAGCUCUCAACGUUGAAAAUUUGUUCUUAGACGAGAAUUGCGUUUCACGAACAAGAAGUGUGAUCAGAAUUCAUAUUUUGAACGUACUUUGAGAUUGAGGUUAAAAUAAACAUAUUGAUUUUGACAGGUGAUUAAGUAGCUCUUAGCUGGAUUUCGAAUAAGAAGGAGUGUUUAUUGUCAUGGAAAACUAUGUCGUAUCAUCUGUCCAGAAAUUUUGCGGUCUUCUAUAAAAGGUAGACUGGCGAAGCAGUCCGGACCGACGUCUGAUAGCACAGCCGCGGUGCCGCGACUUCAGAUGACCUAGGCUGUCUUUCUUCGAGGCGACAAGAACCUAAUCUGCGACGACACAAAAGUAGAAGUCGAGAGAAAAAUCGAUCUACGAAUCGCAUACUCACGAAAUCCUGCUUCUUCAACAACUGUUGUAGCGGCUGACAACAAAUUUGUGACUGGGGUCUUGUGACAACCCUCAAGCACCAGAAUGAACGACACGAGCUACCGGGCAAGCGGCUCAAGCCGCGAAAACAUGAACAUGGAGCUGCGAGUAGGUAAGCGCUAAAAAAUUCAAAAGUCGAACCUUUGUUGUAAUUUAUUUUCUCUUUCGCGAGGUGGAGCUCGUGAUCAUGUUCCUUUACCAUAUUUUUUUGUAAGCGUAAAAAUUAAAAUCAGGUAAUAAGUAUCGUCUGCGACACAAAAUCGGCAGCGGAAGUUUUGGUGAUAUCUAUCUCGGAGCUGAUAUCCAAACUGGUGAAGAGGUCGCAAUCAAGCUAGAAAGCAUAAAGUCACGACACCCGCAACUCUUGUAUGAAUCCAAACUUUACAAGAUUCUCGCCGGCGGCGUUGGCAUCCCCAACCUGCACUGGUAUUUAUUCAAGGCUCACUUCUAGUAGGUUCUUUUUCUUAAUUGUUCGUAAGUACCACUGAGUACUACUCAAAGCUUAGUUGUAGUUUUUAAUAUGCAGCUAGCCCUACUCAUUAUUUCAAUUUCUGUCAGCAGCCUCUACACCAUGUCAAUGGAUGGAAAAUAUCGUCAUUUCCAACUUGCGCACCUCAGGUACGGCGUGGAAGGUGACUACAAUGUCAUGGUAGUGGAUUUGUUGGGACCCAGUUUGGAGGACCUCUUUUCCUUCUGUGGACGAAAGUUUUCACUUAAGACAGUGGUACUUACCUAUACCGAAGGAAGAUUUGUAUGUACUUAAAUAUUUAUCAGUCUAUUACCACAAAUUUCGUUUUACUUUUACUACAGCUGCAGUAGAAGGUGCAAACGAGUACUUCGGCAUCUUCUUCAUCUGGAUUAUGCUGGUAACCAAAAGAAAAAAUACAAGCAAUAGAUGAUUUUUGGUAGCCAUCUUCGACUGUGGUUUGUUCACGGCAGUUGUACAUCUCGUUUUGCCGCCUGUGGUGAUCUUCUUGCCACUGCCAGCCAAAUCAUCAAUUCUAUCAGGUAAUGUUGGCGGAUCAAAUGAUCAAUAGAGUGGAAUACAUGCACACGAAGAACUUCCUGCACCGAGAUAUCAAACCCGACAACUUUCUCAUCGGUCUAGGUACUCCUUUCCAUGAUUUAGCAGAAGAAGUUACUUUCUCAUAAUUUCUAGGGUACCACUCGAAAGGAAAUCAAAUUUGUCGGACUAGAAGUAGUUUUACUUCGAACACACUGAUCGUGAUCGUGAUCAAUUCAAAAAAAAGAAUCCAACCAGGUAAAAAAGCGAACAUGGUUCAUAUCAUCGAUUUUGGAUUGGCGAAGAAGUACCGCGACCCUAAGAGCCAGCAGCAUAUUCCAUACCGUGAAAACAAAAAUCUAACCGGUACAGCACGUUACGCGAGUAUCAAUACGCAUCUCGGAAUCGAGCAGUCUCGGCGCGAUGAUCUUGAAGCGGUUGGUUACGUUCUUAUGUACUUCAAUAGAGGAUCGCUGCCGUGGCAAGGUAACUGCAACUUAUGAACUUGUUCCAGUAUUGGUACGUUUUGAUGUAGUUGAUGAUCGUUCAUUUUUACUUCUGCUCUAAGUCUCCCAAGUUGUACAAUUUUAUGGGACCGCCUUCAUCAACCCGACGAGCCGAUCUACUUACUAUGUUUUGUACUCAACCUCCACUUGCUACUUCAGCUAAUAUUUAUCUACCUUAACAUCAAUUUCAAUAUUCAGGAUUGCGAGCCGUCGGAAAGAAGGAGAAAUAUGAGAAAAUCAUGGAAAAGAAGAUGGCAACCCCAAUCGAAACCCUGUGCAAGCACUUCCCGUCUGAAUUUAUCACUUAUCUCGGCUAUUGCCGAGGCCUGCGAUUUGAGGACCGCCCAGAUUACGCCUAUCUUCGCAGACUCAUGAAGGGUACAACUCAAUAUUAAUUAUGUUCUCCCCAUCCCCAUGGGGCCCAUGUACUAGUGCUUUGCGUGGUACUGGCAUCUUUAUAUCUGGGUUACAACCUUACAAUAUAUACUGAGCUACCCCAACAUGACCGAUGAGGUCAUGAAAUAGAAGAAGAGCUUCAGACAAGGAUAUAAUAUGCAAGUCAACAUUUGCAUUAUUGACGCUUUUCACAUCAAACGACAUUCCACUCAUACCAUUCUUAACUCUUUUUUCGUUUUUCCAUCUGCAAUCACAGAUCUCUUCUGCCGGGAGCAGAUUCAGUAUGACUUCAUCUUCGACUGGACCGUGCUGAACUAUCGAACCCAGCAGCAGCAGCAACAACAGCAGCAACAAGCGCAACUGGCGGGAACGCAAGGCAACAGUACUCACUCUAACUGACGUGAACAGAUUUUUUUAUGAUCUACAAAUCAUUGGAGACCAUGUUCUCGCGAUACUGAGUCAUUUCAUUUUCAUGAGGAUGAAGCUCUUGCUGUUGUUCAUGUCGCAAAAAAUUCCUUAUCAGAAAAAAUCAUCAGUAAUCGUUGCGAUUUACUUAUUUCCUUGUGCUUGCAUUUUUACGACACUUUAUUUCUCAGCAACUACAACUGCAACUAACACACACUAUCCUCAUCAGACGACACCACCGUCGCGUAAAAAGUUUCGCCUGGAGGUCGGUAGUGACAAUCGCGCAGACGACGCCUGCAAAGAACGAUGAUCGUUAUCUGUUGUUGAUAUAAAUAUGUCGCUUCGACGAGUUUCGUGUUGUAAAUUUUUCUAGCGCUGUAAGUCCAUAGCAGUCGUACAUAGUCAUGAAGGUCUUUGUUGUACAUCAAAAAAAAUGAUUGAAAAUGGAAAAAGUUUUCUUGUUUUUACUGUCUUCAUCCCGCUCCCGAUGCCCCGUAUAGAUAUUCUUAAAUAUAGAUCCAUCUCCUAAAUUCGGUCCUCACUCUCUCAGAAGUCGUAUACUAGUCCUCUUCACUAAAAGAAAAUCAUGUUGACAACAUGAAGAUGAAAACAAGCGGACGGCUUUCAUCAUAGAACAGCAUGUCUCACCUCUGUUGCUGUGGUGCCUCUGCCUGUCAUCUCCGUAAACCUCAGUUGUAGAAAUGAUGGCGUGCUGCAUGCUUGUGCGUGAAGGGCGUCGGAAAGCCUAAACCGUCAUGAUGCUGACGACCUUCUCGUUUGCAACAGGCAAAGGCGAUUAUGAAAAGAGGUAGCUUAACUCUUUCAGGAUAGACUGACGAGGAGAAUGCUAGGCAAGGCUCAAAAAUGCCAGGAAUAUCAGACAUACUUCGUGUUUUCUUGGUUACCAUCUUCAUAUUACUACUUCGAGUGACUGUUCCUCUCUCUUCUUCCUAAAAAAAGUCCCUUAUUUUCGUAGUCACUAACAAGCUCAAGAUCUCAAUCUCCUUACUCAUACUCUGUUUAAUCGUCGUCACAAAUUAGCUCAUUUUUCAGACCCAAUCCACUUAGAUUUUUAGAAUCAAUCAACAACUAGCACAAAUCUUACAACAGAUGGAGUGAAAAAAAUGUUAAACAACAAAGAGAUUGCUUGAACAAUUUGGUUCUCUAUUCAGGCGGAACGGCAAUGUUUUUAAUUAUAAUCUUAUAUAUCAUUUACAUUUUUUUGUUGAUAAAUUGGUUUAUCCACAGGAGUCGUUCCAAAGCCGUUAAUGUCGUGCCCCGUGUUGAGUACCGCGCGGAACCCCUUACUAAUGCAUCGAUCUUCCGCGACAUGCCCUAUCUCCAGAUCAGCUACUGUGUAAGGUCAGACUCGUACUGAGGUGAAUCUGAAUGAUGACGUUGAGCAUAACCAAGCCACGAAAGAGAAUGUAAAAGAUUCUUGGAAGUAGAUCAUGCUUUAUUGUCUUGAUAGAUGAAACUUUAAUGCUACAUAGAUAUGGAAAAAAAUGUUUUAAGUUUAAUUCAUUCCUUCGGCGCGAUUAUUGUGAAGGCACAGGCAGGGAAAAGAUGAGUAAUCCAUAGAUAUGAGAGUUUUAGUUUUGUAGUCUCCUUGAUAAUGAUAUUGACAAUUGAGAUUCAUAGAACGGGAAAAAGUUGUACUUUCAUCUGGUGAGGUCGGUUGCUGAUGUAGUUAUCGAUGAGCGGCUGCGGUAGCAUCAUGCCCUUGUGCGAGUCAUGACAUGAGUUGUUGUUAUCAAUACCGAUUUGGUAAUUGGUCGGCUAGUAUUGCCGUCGUAGUCGUGGUAUAUUAGACUUUUUUAGUACACGACCAUUUCCUUGAUCAUGCACAAAGGCAGUGACCACGAGGCUCAGUGCUAGAGGAGCGACAAGCUACUGCGUGUCCCACACUUAUGCAUACUACAGAUGCAGUUCUUGGUGUUGUUCAAAUGUUAACGAACAAGAUGUCCCUGGUGUUGUUCAAAUGUUAUCCAACAUCCUGCUACGGCGCUACUCCUCGUCGACGUCCUCAUGGUAGAUACCAUGCUGGAUGAUAGAUACUAUGGUGGAAUAACAUGCUGGUUUAUGGGAGAUGAAUAAAAUACAAAUCUUUCUGCUCACCCACAUGCCGAGUAAUCGCCACCCUUGUCGUGCAGGAUCUCCAGUUACAUCUGUGUAGGGGAAGACAUAGCACGCACAUGCAACAUGACCGUGUCGAUGAUUACGCAAGCCUUGCUUGUCGUUUGUCGACAGAGCAUCAACAUUGACCCCAGUUGAGUUUACUUUUCUACCAUUCGGAUUCGCCUGUUGGUCCUACUCUUCAACCACAAAAAUCAAUCAAUCUUUGUUUCGACAUGUAAACCUUCCGCUUUCCCAGAUGCUAGGUCAUCAUUCUCAUGCGUUCGGGACCUAACCUACAAACCAAAACCUAGGCCAUUUUCUUCUACGACUUUCGUGUUUUUGUGUCGGUACGCAGGACCGAGGAUCAACAUGAUCAUAGAUAGUGAUAGUCCGAGCAGUCCUCCCUGCAAGGAAUUUAUUUGUAACAAGAUGUUGCAACACAAUGACAAACACAAAAGUACUUGAUCACAAGGAGCGUGACCAUCCGUGGUGUUCAUCUGUGCUGUGCAUCAAUACAGGCAAAGGGAGCAGUUAACGAUGGAGAUUGACAGAUUCAAAAUCAUGUACUCUCCGUGACUAGAAGGAACCCACAAUGGUUUGGACCGAGGUCAACGGAGGUACUCACCUCUACAAGACGGGAAGAGGAGUACCUUGUCUAGGAGAAGCACCAGGAGUUUGUAGUGGUACGUAUUUACUUGCAGCUGUUGAAGAUGGAGGAAUGUGAGAUAGUACUAAAAUAAAAUCACAGCUUCCACCGAGUUGUUUGAUGGCGGGUUGAAAGGAUUUCGAUCGAGCUGAUGCGGACUACCUAGAAGCGUGCAUGGAAACUACCCUCCGCAUGAGAUGUGUUGGAAAGAUCGCAAAACAACCACUUUUAUGUGAGGUGACUGAAAUUAACUCCAAUAAAAUUCUGCUUGUUCUACAGCUUUUUACUUAAUAAUGAUUAAUGAGAAAAUUUAUAUCUUUUCGUUUCUUAAAUGAUUCUGUCUCGUCAUUCUAUGCUUGUUGUAAUCAGUCGGGUAUGAAUCAUAUUCGCGACGUGCUGCAAUCACAUGAGGUAUUUUGUUCGUUCUUCCGCCUCUACUUGAUCAUAAUAGAAUAUCGAACUGUUUCGUUGGAGGCAAUAACCAAUGAAUAAGGGUGGCGUCUCUUCUUGGAGGAGAUGACACGCUUGACCUUGUCCAAUAUGGAUUGAUGAUGUUGAUCGCACUACAUGACAAAAAUCGAAGCACGACUCACAAUGAUGGUCAUCAUUAUCUUACUCUUCUUUCUUAUUAUUUAGUCUAAGUGUGAGACAACUGUCAAGAACAUGUUGAGGAUCAUCCCAUACAUGCGGCGCAAACGUGAUGUUAUCAGAUAUUUUCGUUCAUGCUUUUCCUAGUGAUAAUCUUUAUCUUCUUGAAAUGAUGUUUAAACUGGCCGUACCCGCAUGUUGUUGGACUGCUGACCCUACCGCGUGCUAGGCACACGCAGAGAGAAAAACCCUUGGAAAAUUAUUGCAGUGAGGGCAGUCGUAUGAUGCUAUUUCGAGGACGGUCUGUAGUCUGUCUUCGUGCCAUUUUCUUUUCUCACGACGCGAUAACUGAC